AUGGCGACUGCCAGGAUUUCGCCAACGGCAAAUCUUCUUCGGAAGUCACGUUUAUUUGCUCUUCCUCAAGCUCUGCAGCCACCACAGGACCCGCCGUCAUCGAGAGCUGUUUUUGAGUCGCCAACAGCAACACUCCCUCAUCCCAUCCGAGCCUCCAUCGUUACUCCGCCGAAGGCCCUCGCACGGGGCGAUUGGGGUCUGAAACGUCCUCUCCCGGCUAAAUCGACCUCAGAAAAGUCAUCGAGACCCGUUGUUCGAGUUCAAUCCCUGGAUACUUAUGAACAUGUCACCGAUUUCGAGUCCGCCGCGGACCACACCAUGACCUUGGAGAAGUUGCAAGAUUUGAACUUGCCCAUGUCUCUUCCAGUCAAAUUCAACUAUUCGAGCAACGUUAUUCCUCGUCACCAAAGUCCCUUCGAGACCCAUGUCGAUAACACAGAAACCAGCAAGACCCUCGGAGAGCCCGGCUCCAGACAAUACCGACAUUCCGGCCCUUGGUUGUCUGGAAUGAGCCAGGCGGAGUUUGACCAUUACCUGAAAUCAGUGCGUACACAGAAGCCUGAAUUGCUGCAAAAGUUGCGUGAGCGGUUUGAGGCCAAGCGUUUUGCGGAGGCCCGCAAACAAGCUCAGGACAACGGGGAGGACUUGGAAAACCUUCAGCCCGUUAAGGUCACCGAUGAGGAGUUCCAAGUAUACAUCAAGUCCCUGCGACAGGAUCCCUUCGCUCUGGGACCGGCUAUUUUUGAGCUUCUGGAUCUUCCUUCAUCUCCUGCAGUGCCAAGUGAGCGUAUCGGCAACCCAUACUACCAAUCCCCCGGCACCAAGUUGUCUUCCUCCGAAUAUGCUACACACCCAUCCGCUGGUCUUUCUUACACGCGAACCCAUGCUUUGACAUACAACCACCCACAAUAUGGUCCCCAGGCCUUCCAACGCCCGGUGCAGACACGUAUCCUGCGACCUAAGGGUCGUUUCAAGGGCAGAACUUCCAAGGCCAUCGCUGGUAUUGCUGGUAUUGCCGUUGAGGACCUCAAUGCCAUGAGUUUCAGCCAGGGACCACCUGCUGGCUUGACCUUCUUCGAUGCUACCAUUCCUGGAGGUGGUAAGUACUGGGUCACUCCCAUCCGUGCCUCUGUCGACUCAGAGGGCAGACUCGGCAUUGCAUCCUACCGUGCCACCGCCUCCGCGAAGGCACCUUAUGGUAUCGAAGAUUACCAGAAGUCAAACGUGUUCACCAUCACUGAGGCUGCUCGUCGCGACGCUUUUGUCGUUCCGCGGUUGGACAGGGAGCUCAACAGGGCACGUUUCACACCUAACAGCCGGACCGGUCGUUCGCAGCAGCAAAGCACUGAUGAGGUUGCCCGCAACCUUGUAAAGAACCUUGGAAACUAA